AUGCAAGGAUUGUGGAGGAAGUCAAAUCUGCCCCAUCAAAGGGUGAGGGCCGAAUGUAAGGACUGUAAGGGAAGUGGGAUUCGUAAACAUGAAACACAGAGGGCCUAUUGCAAAGAAUGUAGGGGAAGUCAGUAUUACCACCAUCAAAGGAUGAGGAAACAAUGUAAAGAGUGCAAAGGCAGCCAGAUUUGCAAAAAUGGUGGGAUAAGAUCAACGUGCAAGGACUGCGGGGGUGGAAGUGUCUGCCACUAUGAAAAACGAAGGCGAUGUUGCCCCAUUUGCAACCCUCCGGGACAUCUCGCCCAUAAUGUACGAUGUCGAACCCACAAAGCUCUGAAGUGA